AUGGGCGACCUCGGUCCCAAAAUACGCGUCAGCGUCAGGGUACGGCCUCGACCGGCCCCUCCGGGCGGCGAGAAGCCGCUGCCCUACGUCAAGGGACAGUUCGGGCACUACGAGUUCGACAGCGUGCUGGACGAGGGCGCGACGCAGCAGGAUGCGUACCUGCACCUCGUGGACCCGCUCGUGCAGUCGUGUUUCCAGGGCCUCGACGGCGUGCUGGCCGCGUACGGCCCCGCGCUGGCCGGCAAGUCCCACACGCUGUACGGGCUCAAGGGGGGCGGCGCGCAGGGCGAGGGCAUGAUCCAGCGCGCCGUCCGCGCGAUCUUCGACCACAUGAGCCGCCUCCCCGGCCAGGACUUCUCCAUCCAGGUGUCGCACACGGCGCUCACCGCGGGGCACGACGCCCACCUCGUCGACCUCCUCGCGCCGGGCGCCGCGCCCAUCUCCAUCCGGGACUCCAGGGCCGCCGCCGCGCUCGACGAGCCCACCACGUUCAAGAUCGACUCGAUGCAGGACCUGGCGGACGCGCUGCGCAUGGCCAACGUGUCGCGGCAGCUGGCCGCGGAGAACUCCGACCUCAGCGCGCGCAUCAGGACGGACGACGGCAUGCACACGGCGCUGACCAUCAGCCUGAGCCACCGCGGCUCGGGCGGGCAGCGCUCCGAGGCGCGUCUCACCUUUGUGGAGCUCGCCGCCCCGGAGCCGCGCGAGCCGACCAUCAACGACCCCCUGCGCACGCAGCCCCAGACGCGCAACAAGGCCGUGGCGUUCCAGACGCUGUCGGCCGUCGUCAAGGGCCUGAACGACGCGGGGAUCCGCGCCAAGCGCGAGGCGAGCGGCGCCCGCGCGCAGCUGUCGCACAUCCCGUGGCGGGACGCCCCCCUGACGGUGUGGCUCAAGGACCGCCUGUUCUCAGCCGCCACCAUCCAGGUGCUGGCCUGCGUCUCCGGCAGCUCCGUCCACGCGGCCGACACCCUCGCGGCCCUCGCGUUCACGUCGCGGAUCCGCCCCACGUCCUCCGGCAAGGGCGUCCUGGUCACCCCCACGUGGGGCGACGCGGGCAGGACGGGCGUCGCGCAGGCCGACGGCGCGGACGACUACCUGGCGUACCGCCUCACGGCCGGGGCGCCGUCCUCGCCCGCGCCCGCGUCGAUGAAUAAGUCGUUCUACGAGGUCGACGUCGCCCCGCCGCCGUCCGCCACGCCCGCGCGCCGCGCGCUGGUUCCGCGCGACAUGGACACGUCGCAGGUCUCCAUGACCAUGGGCAGCCCCGGGAUGGUGUCGCCCGGCGCGAAGCAGCUGCUUUCGCACGCCGUCGAGCUGGACAUGGAGCGCUACAGCGAGCUCAUGGGCAUCAUCCGGAACAGCAACAUCCAGUCCUCGCACCAGCUGCGCGCCCAGGGCAUCCUGCAGAAGAUCGUCGACGACCAGGGCGAGCUCAGGCGGGGGUUCCAGGCGCAGAAGAGCGAGAACAAGGUGCUGAAGAAGCAGCUGCAGCAGCUGUCGCUGCGCCUGGAGUCGGAGAACGCCCGGUCCGGCGACGCGGUGUACAUGGUGGACUCGCUGCGGGGCGAGCAGGACCGUUUGAUGCAGCAGCAGGCGUCCGCGCUGGAGGCCACGAUGGCGGAGAUCGAGAUGCUGAAGCAGCACAUCCGCACGGUCGAGGUCGAGCGCGAGAAGGCCGCGGAGGAGGCGGCGCGGGACCGCAGGGCCGCUGACGAGGCGGAGCACGCGCUCAGCGAGGCCAAGCGGCAGAACACGAUGACCGAGUCGCGCCUCCGCCGCCUCGAGGACGAGGUGGAGGAGAUGCGCAUGGCGGCCGAGAGCCUGCGACAGGACCUCGCCAAGGCCGGCGCGGAGGCGGCGUCGAUGCAGGCGCGCGUCAUCGAGCGCGAGCAGCUGUACGAGGAGGAGCGGUCGGCGUCCUCGAUCCUGCGGUCCCGUCUCGAGGAGUCCGAGGCGUCGCUCCGGGUGUCGAAGCGCGAGGUGGAGCGUCUGCGGCCGAUGGAGGCCGAGCUGCACCAGCUGACCGCGGAGCUGCGCGAGGCCCGCAGCGCCGUCAAGGCGCUGGCGACGGAGCGGCAGGGGCUGGCGAGCAUCAAGGCGGCGACCGAGGAGCGGCUGACGGUGGUGUCGAGCGAGUACGAGCGGGUGCUGAUGGAGCGCGACGAGGAGCAGCAGCGGCUGCGCGGGGAGGCCGCGAGCCUCGCGGACAGUCUGCGCAGCGAGAUGGGCCUGGCCAACAACACCAUCCGCUCGCUGAACGACCGCAUCAAGGCCCUGGAGCGCGACAUCGACAACGCGCGGCAGGCGGGCGUGCUGCUGGAGCAGAAGGGCGCGGAGAAGGACGACCAGAUCUCGAAGCUGCGGACGAAGGAGAUCCGGCUGGAGCAGCAGGUGGCGGAGAUGCAGUCGCAGGUGGCCGACCUGGAGUCGACCGUCACGCGCCUGGAGAACCGCGUGACGCGCCUCCAGAGCGACCUCGCGCAGACGGAGGCGCACCGCGACCGCCUCGGAAGCGACCUCGACGAGACCCGGCAGCAGGUGGCGGAGCUGUCCGCAGAGAAGGCGGACAUGGGCGUCGAGGUCUCGAAGCUGUCGCGGCGGCUCGCGACCGCGGAGGGCGAGGCGAAGGACCUGCGGCGCAACCUGGAGAGCGAGCGCGACAUGCGGGUGGACGCGCAGGACCGCGUCAAGGAGCUGUCGGCGGAGCUGUCGCUGUCGCAGGGGCAGUGCACGUCCCUGGAGGGGCGCGUGGAGCAGCUGGAGACGCUGGUGGCGGACGUGCGCGCGCACUCGGCGCGCAAGGAGGCGGAGCUCAAGGCGCUGGAGGAGCGGUGCGAGAACCUGACGCGGGACCUGCGCGCGGCGGGGGCGGCGCUCGCGGAGAAGACGGAGCAGGCGGACCGGCUGCAGGCGGACCUGGACGACACUCUGGAGCGGCUGGAGGCGCGCACGGGCGAGUGCCAGCGCGCCAAGGAGGCCACGCAGGAGGCGGUGGUGGAGGCGCAGGAGGCGCAGGCGGCGGCGGACGCGACUCGCCGGUCGCUCGAGGAGAAGCUCCGCGCGCACCGCCGGCUGGUCGCGGAGGCGGCGAUGCUGCUGGGCGUGCAGGGCGUCAACGUGACGUCGGACUUCGGGUCGCCCGUGGUGGCCGAGCACAUCCUGCGCGUGCUGCGCGAGACGGCGAGCAAGGCGCGGAAGGCCGGCGGGAGCCCCGGCGCGGCGGCGGGCGGGGCGCUGGGAGCCCCCGGCGCAUCUCACGCGCUGCGGGACAUGGCGGACCGCCUGAGCUCGGCGAUGACGGAGAUCGACGGCCUGCGCAGCGCGCGGAGCGCCGCGGACCGCGACCUGGCGGAGGCGGAGCGCAAGGCGGCGGAGUGGCGGCGGCGCAUCGUGGAGCUGGAGGGGGACUUGGCGGCGGCCACGUCGGAGAAGACGCGCGCCAAGGCGCUGGCGGCGAGCGAGGAGACGGACGACCUGCGGCGGCGCGUGCAGGAGCUGGUGGCGGCGAACCGGUCGCUGGAGUUCAAGCUCAAGCUCGCGGAGGAGUCGGGGCACGUGAGCGCGUCGCCGGGGCGCACGGCGUCCCCGAGCGUGGUGGCGCACAAGGAGCGGCAGCUGGCGGCGCUGGAGCGGGAGCUGGAGGCGAUGCGCAAGGACCGCGACGCGGUGCGGGAGCGCAGCGAGGCGCGCGCGCGGGAGGCGCUGAAGCUCAAGGUGGAGCUGGAGUCGCUGCAGCACCAGGCGCGGCAGGACCAGGCGCGGAUGCAGCACAUGGCGCAGGAGGUGGACCGCCUGCAGGCGCAGAAGGACGACGCCGUCGCCAGCCGCCUGUCGCUCGAGGCGCUCAAGGCGCGCGAGGCCCUCGACUCGAUGGUCACCGCCUCGCGCGCGCGGGCCCGCGCGGGGGACGUGUCCAUCUCCUUCGCGGGGGCCACGCCGCAGCGCGCGCUGCCCUUCUCCGACACCCCGGGCGCCGGGGGGGGCGUCGGCACGCCAGGGCGGUCGUUCUUCACCGCGACAACGCCCUCGCGCCGCUCGUGA